AUGGCUUGGGUCUCAUGGUCAACAAUGACAAAACAUGCGUCCGAAGGGCUGGGGUUCCGUGAUGUCCAAUGUUACAACGAUGUGUUCCUGGCUAAGCUGAGCUGGAGAGUCAUAAAUCACCCACAGAGCCUCAUGUGUCGAAUCCUACUUGGCAAGUAUUGCUCCACUGAGAGCUUUUUGAAGGUGGAGAACAGAACAAACGAAUCACAUGGCUGGCGUGGAGUCCUUAUAGGACGUGACCUGAUCAGAGCUAACACUGGCUGGACAGUGAGAGAUGGAAAGUCAAUAGAAGUGUGGAACGAGGCAUGGCUGGACAACACGAAUCAGCUGCGGCCUACUGGACCUGCCCCUGAGCAUCUUACGCAACUGAAGGUUUCAGAACUGAUUGAUCCAAACAGCCAGGAUUGGGACAGAGAAAAGAUCCAAUCCAUCAUCCCACUGUAUGAGGAGCUGGUCCUAAGAAUCAAACUGAGCAAGACAGGGGCCGUGGAUAAACUUAGUUGGCUCAAAACCAAAUCAGGUGAUUACACUACUAAAUCUGGCUACUGGACGGCCUAUGAGAUGACGAGAAGGGAUGAAGAACAACACCACCAAACGGAUUUUGAUUGGAACAAGGGAGUGUGGAAAUUAAAUGUGGCGCCGAAGAUCAAACUCUUCCUCUGGAAGACGUUCCAAGGAGCAUUACCGGUCGGAGAAAGAUUAAUAUCAAGGAACAUAGUUGGCGAUACUAAAUGUACGAGGUGCGGCCUCACUGAAUCUAUCCAUCAUCUACUUUUUCAAUGUGAGUUUGCUCAAAGGGUAUGGGCUUUGGCUCCUACUAACCCAACCGUUGAGGGUAGCGGAUUGAUAGACUUUCCUGUGAAUUGGACGAACCUGAUGGGACUGACUUGCCUCCCCCCGAUCGGUCUCUCAUCCGAUGUGCUCAUCCCAUGGCUAUUAUCACUCUGGAUCUCACACAACAAUCUCUUGUUCAACAAGAAAACUGCUUCCCCAGAGGAUAUUAUUUCAAGAGCCGUAGCCUCUGUUAGGGAAUGGUUAAAUGCCCAGGAACCAGCAGAACUAUCUCCUCGAAGCAGACCUAUAGUCGAGAGACCAAUUGAAAACUGCCACAGAUUACAAUCAGAUGCAGCUUGGAGAGAAGAUUAUGGCAUUGCAGGCCUCGGUUGGACCAUCAAGAAGAAUACAGAGCGAGCCUCCUUUGGCUCUCACUGUCAUUUUGUGGCGUCUCCUAUGGUUGCUGAAGCUCUAGCGCUACGUGAAGCGAUCUUCAAAUGCAAAGAGUUGGAGAUCCAACGACUCAAGACAGAUUCGAUACAUCUAGUCAAAGCUAUUACAUCAAAGAAGCCGCCUCCAGAUAUCUAUUGCAUUGUGUUUGAUAGUAUUAGCUUAAUUUCUGAGUUUGAGUUGAUUCAGUUCAAGUGGAUCCCUCGGGAAUAA